AUGACAUUUUCUUUUUCCAAGACCUCCAGUAGUGCGGCUCAAUGCUGUGGCGUUUCUGAUCAUCACAUUGAUGUCUAUAUGGGCUCUAACUGGCAGAAACGAUUAGCCGCUCAUUUUUCAGAUGCUCCUUCUAACACUCUAUCCGGUCCGCCAACUGGAAUACCAAAUAUGCCUUUGUCUUGCUGUCGACUUGACGAAUGGGGACGACCGAUUGAUCGUGAUCAAUGCCAAUUCUCGACUCUAGAGAUAACCCGAAACCAGUUCAUUCAUGCUAAGGUCGGUUUAUUUAACUACAUUUUUCAAUACGUUUAUUAUUAA